AGAUAUAUAUUUUGUAUUCUCUAAGAGUUAGAUAUUAAUAUCUAAAAAGUUUUAUGUUCAUUCUUAACAAAGGUUCUGAGAAAAAAAAUCUUGAAAACAUGCUUAUUUUUGGUCUUCUAAAGUGUACUAGUACCUUAACAUGAGAAUUUCAAAAUAUUCAAUAUUUUUCCAUGUCCAUGAGUGUGUAUGUUACCGGCCAAACCCGAUUUCAGAACAAACUAGUAUGACCUAGGCCAAACUAGUUGUUUUGGCCUAGGCCAUUUUAUUAAUAUGAAGAAUAUUAAAAUUUUAAAAAAUAUGAAGAAUUGGAAUUAGGUUUUAUAAGUUUAAAGUUAAUAGUUUUCGAAAUAUUUACGCCCGGUUCCACCAACGAGAUUUAAGUGAAAAUUUGAUCUUAAGAAAUAAUUUUUACUUAAGUCCGUUGAAUUUCGUUCCACCAACUAAAAAUAUUUACUUAAGUCCAAAUAUUUUUGCUUAAACUUAAGUCCCCUACUACGACGACUUAAGCGAAAAUUUUAACUUGGGAGAGUCAUGUUUUGACAAAAAGUGAGGUUAAAUUUCGUGUUGUUGAUGUUCUGUUCUAAGUUCGAACUCGUAUUUUUUCAAUCCAAUAUAUUUUUAUAUUAUUUUUUGUAAAUUCUACCGUAGUCUAUAAUAUUAUAAAGUAGUAGUAUAGAAUAGUGUUAAUAGUUUAUAGUGUAUAAUAUAGUGUGCAUAUAGUAUAAUAGUUUAGUGUAUAAUAUAGUGUAUGUAGUAGAGGUUUUUGUGUUCCUAGUAUUUUUAUAUUUUUUUGUUGUAAACUGCAGUGCUAGGUAUAGGUUUUUGUGUAUAAAUAGAAUAUUGUGUGCGAUUUUUUAAAAAUGGAUCUGGACGGUUUGGAUGCAUUUGAUGAGUACAAUCAGAUGGAAAAUCAGUUGAAUCAAGUGGAUGCUGAAGAUUUAUUUGAUGAGUACAAUGAAAUGGAAAAUCAAUUGAAUCAAGUAGAUGAAGUGGAUAACAUGGUUGUUAGAAUCCCGAGACAAUUCAAGCGAACAAGCUAUUUUGAGACAUAUACUGAAAAAGACUUUUUUGAAAGAUUUCGAUUAUCGAAAAACAGUGCAUUUGAAGUAUUGUCUCAAAUAGAAGAACAUUUGCAGUUUACUAGUGCCAGAAAUAAAUGUUUAAGUCCAAUGAAUCAAUUUUUAAUUUGCCUAAGAGCAUAUGCCACUGGAGGACACUUAUUGAGCAUAAGUGACAUUUUUGGACCUUCGAAGUCAUCUGUUUGUAGGAUUGUUCAACGGGUUACCCCCUUAAUAGCAUCACUGAGACCUCGCUACAUCCACUUGCCCAAUAAUAUAGAGGAAGUUCGUGAGCAACAGGCUAAAUGGUACGAAAUGAGAGGGUUCCCAAGAGUGAUUGGAUGCAUUGAUGGCAGUCAAAUAAAAAUAACAUCACCUGGGGGCAAUGAUGCAGAGAUUUACAGAAACAGAAAAGGCUACUUCAGCAUCAAUAUUCAAGCGGUAUGCUCAGCUGAUGGUCUUUUCCAAAGUAUAACAGCACGAUGGCCUGGAUCUGCCCACGACCAAACAAUUCUUAAUAAUUCAGUUGUGAAACAAAGAUUUAUGAGAGGAGAUUUUGCAAAUGGAGUUUUAUUAGGGGAUGGUGGUUACACAUGCACCAACUUUUUAUUAACUCCUCUCAGAGAUCCACAAACAGAUGCAGAAAGGAGGUAUAAUCAAGCUCAUAUAGGAACAAGGGUAAAAGUGGAACAACUGUUUGGUGUUUGGAAGCGGAGAUUUCCUAUUAUGGCAUAUGGAUGCCGAUUAAGCAUGAGAACUGUAUUACCUAUUAUUGUUGCUACAGCUUGUCUGCAUAAUGUAGCAGUCAGGCAAGGCGAACCACAACCUCCAGCUAAUGAUGAUAUUGGUGAAUAUAUUGUGAUGGAUGACAAUAAUUACAUUGUUCCAGCAGGAAACCGUAAUAAUGAUCAUGUUAGACGACUUUUUAUUGAAAACUAUUUUGCUCCACCUUAAUCAUCAUCAUUGUCUUUGCUUAUCCCUACAUGCAGUUUUCUUAAACCUUUUUUCUCGAGCUUGUCUCCACUGUUCCAGUUUUUGCUCUAAGUCUCUUUCACUAUUUCCUACUAACACAACAUCAUCAGCAUACAUUAAGUAUCAUGGAAUGUUACCCUGUAGUUUUGCUGUUAUCUGGUCCAAAACUAAUGAGAAUAAAUAAGAACUAAGCACCGAGCCUUGGUGCAAUCCUACUAUCACGUGACAUGUAUCAAUCUCUCCCACACCUGUCCUAACACUAAUUGUUACUCCCUCAUACAUAUCUCUCACAAUCUUUAUAGCCACUUUACAUGAUGCAAGUAAUUGCGAAAUUUAUUGCACAAGUUCUUGCAGCAAGAACUUCUGCAAUAAGCUGCAACUACUUUCUGCAAUAAAGUGAUUACACGGGGCAAGUAAUUGCAUAAACUGACAUGAAAUGGACAGAAACUUUGACAUACCAUUUUUAGGUUAAGUUGCAGCUUUUCUGUGCAAUUCGCGUAUGACACGAUACAAUUUCUAUUGCUGAAAGAAAUUGUGCAAUUAGUUGCAUCGUGUAAAGUGGGGCUAUUACAUAUUCACCAGGGACUCCUUUGUUAUUGAGUGCCCAUCACAGAAUCUCUCGACGUACUAAUAUAAAUAUAUGCUUUCUCAAGAUCAAUGAAUACCAUAUUAGCGUUUGUUUCUUUAUUCCUGUAUUUUUCCAUCGAUUGCCUUAUAAUGAAAAUUGCAUCUCUUGUUGAUCUGCCCCGCAUACUUUCAAACUUAGUUACUUUGAAUGCUAUUACGUUUGAAGAUGUUUUUUUGUUAUAUUAAUUUUUUGGUUGUAUGUAAAUAAAUAUAAAAGUUGUCUUAAUCAUUGUUUAUUAUAUUUUAUAAAAUAAUUGAUUAAUUCUUAAAAUAUUUAGAAUUAUUAUACUUUGUAUCAAAUAAACCUAGUUUAAACCAAAAAACCUGGAUUUUUUGGAAAAAAACCUUGGUUGAAAAUCUUGAUUUCAGAAAGGCAACUUUUGAUUAAUAUUUAAACAAACUUUUACUCAUGUAACUACUAUUUUGCAUUUGAAUCAAUUUGUAGAUAUUUUUUUAUAACAAGUUUGUCCAUUCAUAGUCAGAUGUAUAAUUAGUUAUUAGAAAAAUGUGUUGUUUUUUAACAAGAAUAAUUUUUAGUUAGGUACUCAAAUUAUCUUGAGAACGACCAAUAAACGUGAAAAAUUGUUAAUAUUUAUUAUAUUUUAAUCUCCAUAUUAAACUAUUUAUCAUG